UUGGAGAAGGAUUGCAAUGCACCAAAAUUUUUUCAACUUCGUCUUGAAAACCCUCAUGCAUUCAUCAAUUGGUGUGAACAUGAACACAACACAACCCUAGAAUGGAAGAAACUUGAAAGUAAAAUGAUUGGAGGGGAUACAGAGAGAAAAGAAACAUUUAAAAAACACAAGUUCUCCUUAUGGGGACAUAAAAUACGUAAAAAAUACUGCUUAGAGAGUAUGUGGGGUCGACUUGUUAUAGAUCUGAUAUUAAAAUUAAUUGCAGACCCCUCAAGAGAUCAAGACUUUUGGCAGUGGGAAGGAACAGGAUUGUUAGCUUCUGAAUUUCAAAAAGGAGUUGAUCUGAGAAAACCAGAUUUCUGGGUUCUUGUAGAACUAUUCAAGAG